AUCACAACAGUGCCUUGUGAGUGUAACGUCAUGGCAACCCCUGGUGGCGCAGUCACACGACACAAUGUGCCGUGUGACGGUGCAGCCACAGCGCCCCACCCAGCCAGUGCCAGGAUGGCACGGCACAGCGCAGCAGUGGCACGAGGCAAUGGGCUAUGGGGCCUUCCCCUCUCAGGCGCCAGCUUGGAUCCAGACCUUAGGAGGGCUCUUCAGCAUCAUACGGGAAAUGAGUUGGCUGGACCUCAGCCCAUUUGCUAGUGUUCACCCCACAGCCACUGCCAUGGCGCGGCUCUCCGGCCAACCCCUCUCUUUGGUGGAGCAGAAGCAGUUAGCAGUGAACAUCACCCAUGUCCUCUCUCUCUAUGGCUCCAUUGUGGACUCCUACAUCAUUGAGUUUUUCACCGAUAAUCUUUGGGGGAAGCUUCCUUAUUCCUGGCAGGCAGUGCUCACUGAUCUCCCCUCCCCACAACUCGCUGCUGCCUUGCUCGAGAAAGGAAAACCGGAGGAAGUUUGUUACAGCGUGGUGUGGCCACUCUCCUUGCUGGCCUUUAAAGCUACAGCGCACACAUUGGCUUUCUCCAGAACACCUCGUGGCAGAGGCGGCACGCCGGCGAACGGGAGGCCAGAGGAGUUCAGGGAGAACCGGUGUCAGAGCUCGAAGCUUAACCCCCUUUUCCGGAAGCACGUCAAGCCAAAAAAGCAGCAUGAAAUCCGGCAGCUCGGGAAGGUGGUGAAGAAACUGAGCGAGAUCACCAGGUGUGACCAGGUGGUAGAUAUUGGCUCUGGCCAGGGCCAUCUCUCUCGCUUUCUGGCCUUCGGUCUGGGUUUGUCCGUCACGGCGAUCGAGGGAGACGGACGCCUGGUUGACAUGGCGACUAAGUUUGACCGAGAACUGGUGUGGGCGCUGGAGAAGGAGCAAGCGCGACGAGCCAAGGAUCCGGGGGAGGUCUCCCUCCGUGGGCCGAGCCAUGUGGCAGGGUGGGUCGACCCCCAAGCACCAUGGCGGGAAUUCCUCCUCCCACCGUGGCCAGGAAUAGACCCAGCUCAUUCUCCCUUGGCGGAAAGCGGCCCAUCCCCGGAGGCUGGUGCCACCUACGACUCGCCAGGGCCACGGAAGAUCAUUCCCCCCACAGCCCCUUGUGGGAGUGGCAGAGAUGGGGCAGAGACGGGCAAGGCUGGAGAGAAGGGGCCAGGAGGAUGGGGCUGCAUGGCUGCUGCAAGAGAGGAGCAGGGGGGAUCCCCAGAUCCCUUCAGAAGCAGAGGCCGUGGCUGCGUUCCCAACGGGCCUCACCCUCACCCAACGGCACUAAAUCCCCUGGGGCCGCUGGCGGAGGGCAGGCUGCUCCUGACCGGCCUCCACGCGUGCGGCGACCUCAGCGUAGCCCUGCUCAGACACUUCACCCGCUGCCCCCACGUGGUGGCCAUGACCUCGGUGGCCUGCUGCUAUAUGAAGCUCACCACUCAGGAGGAGCCGACCCCCCCUGGCCUUGCUGCACCGCCUCCUCCUUCCACCCGCCGGCCUGAGUACGGCUACCCCCUGAGCACCUGGGUGGCCGGCCUGCCGGGCCACACCCUCUCCUACAAGGCGCGGGAAGUGGCCUGCCAUGCCGUGGAGGACUACGUGCUGCGGCUGAGGAACGAGAGCCCCGUCCUGCGGACUCACUGCUACCGCGCCACGUUGGAGAUGCUGAUCCGGGCGGCUGACCCGGCCAAGAGACGCCUCGGGGUGCAGACCAUCAACAAGGCCCACCAGCUAGCCUUCGAGGAGUACGCCCGGCUGGGCUUGCAGCGCGUGGGGCUGGACCCCGCCGCCCCUCUGGAUCGGGCCAGCGUGGAUGCCAUGCUGGGCCAGCAACAGAACGUGGUGGCUUUCUUCAGCCUGGCCCUGCUGCUGGCGCCGCUGGUGGAGACACUCAUCCUGCUGGAUAGGAUGAUCUACCUGCAGGAGCAAGGCUUCCAGUGCCAGCUGAUUCCCCUGUUUAACCCCAGCUUCUCGCCCCGGAACCUAGUGCUGGUGGCGGCCAAGGCUGGGCUGGACUCUGCGUUAGCCACGCUGGCAGGGGAAGACUGACUCACCCCAGCCUCCAUUGAUGCCCAGGAAUCGCCUGCUGCAGCCUCCGGGGAGGAACGUGGCAGCUGUUUGACAGCGUGCGGGAAAGGAGCAGGCGCUCGGUGUAAGAAGAGGCGGGCACCGGCGGAGUCCGGGGCUGCCUGUGGCAGGCUGUGGCAGCCUCACAGAGUUCGGCAGCAGUUGCGCAUGGGGAGCGAGAUGAUGGCCCACCCAGGACCAAUCCUCCCCCCUUCAACCCCACUCAAGGGCAGGGAGGGUUCUGCCCUCCCCCGCACCGUUUCCUGGGGCCGCAAGCCAUGCUGUGGGCUGGAAGAGUCCAAGCGGAGCCAGCCUCAGGCGCCAGAGAGAGCCCGGCAGGGCCCUGCUGCAGCAGCGAGUCAGGGACAACAGGCCGCAGCUGCUGCUCCAGGUGCUGACUGGCCGGUUGCCCAGGCUCUGCACCUCCACCUGCCUCCCCAACCUUCCUGGCCUUGCAUCUCCCCCCCCCUUCAGCUGAUCCUCUCAACCAAAAUAAACACCCCCCAAAAGAGCAGUGGGACGUACCACCAGGUUUGCAUUGUCUGUCACUGCUCCCUGCCUUGUCUACAUGGGGACAGGCACCGACUCUCCCACGGGUCUGUGCAGAACAGGCCGGGCGCUGCCGUAACAGGCAGUGUUAAUCCUAAUGGGGGUCGUUUAUGGAUCCCCUUACACCCCAGCUUGUGAGGUGCUCACCCCUCUGGUACUUAUCCCACUCCCCUCCCCGCCGCCACAGAAUGGAACAGGGGUUAAGUGACUGUCCUAAGGUCACCCAUGCAGCCUGUAGCAGAGCUGGGAUCUGAUCCCAAACUGGUGCCCCAGACACCAGGCCUCCUUCCUCUGUACCCAGAGGCUGAGCCAAACACAGGUGGGGGCCAACUGGGGCUACCCUGC